AUGACGGAGAUCGAAUUGGAUUCGGAAUCGUCAGACAAUACAACAACCACAACUACCACUACAACUACAAAUACAUUAUCUAUCUAUGCUGGUCAUGGCAAUGCUGACCAUCUAGCUACCAGCAAAAAGACAAAUAAAUUCGAACCACCACAACAAACACGUGCAACGCACACACGUGGCACAUUUGUUGGUGUGUUUUGUCCGAGCUUUGUAAAUAUCAUUAAUAUUAUUUACUACGUCCGUCUUCCAUACGUUAUUGGUGUUGCAGGCGGAAAACUAACGUUCAUUGGACUUUCAAUUUCAUUUGUUCUGGUUUUAGUUACACUAUUUUCUCUUGCUGCUAUCUCUACAAAUGGCGAAAUCGAAGCUGGCGGCCCUUAUUAUACUAUAUCACGUACAUUAGGUCCAGCAAUUGGUGGAACUGCAGGCUUUAUAUUGAGUGUAGCGAACAUGCAUGGUGCUGCAGCUGCUCAUAUCGGUUUAGCUGAAACAAUUGUGAUUUUAUAUUCCCCUAAAUCAUUAAUAUCAACGAAAUGGGAUACUAGAUUAAUUGCAUGUACACUUACAGUUAUAGUUGCGUUCUUAUCAAGAUAUGGUUUUGAAAUUAGAUUUAUUACUUUUUUCUUUAUUAUGAUUGGCUUAGCUGCCUAUAUAUUAGGUCUCAUAUUCCCUUAUGUAACAAAAGCACGUGAUAUCAUUGAUUGUUCUGAAAACAGAUUUUCCGUAAAUUGGGCAACGCACGAAAACACAGUUUCUUUCUUCUAUACAUUCUCCAUCAUCUUUCCAGCGUUCGGUGGUAUCCUUGCAGGCUCAAAUGGUUCAGGAGCCCUCAAAAGACCACAAAGAUCAAUUCCAUUAGGAACAAUUACAGCUUUAGUUUCAGGAACAGUCAUUUACUUAUUAACUACACUCACAUUGACAGGCUGCCACAUGUCAAGCGGAUUGAUCAACAAAAACAGAUCAAUUACACAAGAAACAGGAAUUUGGUGGCCAAUUAUUUUCGUUUCAAUCUUUUUAUCUGUUAUUUCCAAAGGUGUUACAGGAUUAGGCUCAGGACCGAUGAUUCUUAGACUUUUAGCAGGUGAUGGAAUCCUCCAUAAAUUCUUUGGAGAUUGGUCAUUAACAAUUGCAACAUGUGUUUCAUUUUCAUUGUGUUUGUGGGGAGAUUUGAACACGAUUUCAUUCCUUAGAACAAUGUUCUUUUUGAUUGUUUUCACGUUCAUUAACUAUGCCAUUUAUCUUGCAGGAACGGCGAAUGUUCCAAGUUUCAGACCGACCUUUAAAUUGUACCAUCCUUACAUAUCAUUAAUUUCUGGUUUGUUGAUGUUGGCUUCUAUGUUAAUUAUUCAUUGGGUUGUAGCUUUGGCGACAUGGAGUUUCGCAUUGCUAUUUCAGUUUUGGAUUGCAAAGAGAAGACUUAAAGUUAACUGGGGAUCUUUGGAUGAUUCAGUUGCUUAUGAAAAAGCUUUGAGAGCUGCUUUGAGACUGAGAAAAAUUCCUCCACAUCCAAAACUUUACAGACCAAAUGUCGUCCUUGUUAUUGACGGACCAGUUGCAAAGCAUCAGAAUGUUGUUUCGUUUUUGGAUCAAAUGCUGAGAGGUAAAGGAAUGGCCAUUGUCGCAAGAAUGUUUCCUCCAAAUACUCCGAUAAGAGAUAUCAUAAAUGAAAGAAAUUAUAACACUGUUAAAACAGGCGAAGAUUUCAAUAUUUUCUUCGAAACAGUUAUCGCGGAAACAAAGACAGAUGCCAUUAAAAAGAUCAUGUUACUUACUGGUUUGGGCGCUUUAAGAGCUAACGUUGCUUUCACCGAAUUCGAUGAAACUCUUUCUCACGAAGGAACUGAUUUUAUCACUCACGUUUUGGAUAUGAAUUGGUCCAUUGUUAUUUUAAGGAACCCAAUGAAACUCGAUAGAUACGGAUACAUUGAUUUAUGGUGGCUUUUCGAUGAUGGCGGUCUCAGUCUUCUAAUUGCUUCUAUUCUUGCAGGAUCGAGUAGACCUUUGAGAGUUUUCUCUGUAGCACAAACAGAUCUUGGCCAAAACACUCAAAAGCAUUACAAGAAAAUAAGACAUUUGCUCAGACAAUUUAGAGUGAAUGCCCAAGUUAUGGCUGUUUCUUUGUCUGAAUCUGAUUCAAUCCCUUCAUCGAGAUCACAAAGAUUGUGGAAUGAAAUGACCGUUGGUUUGGAUGAAGCAAGACAAUAUGAUGGAUUGACAAAGAAAUACCAAUUGUUGGCUGAUUUGAUAAGACAAUAUUCAUCUGAGGCUAUUACAUGCAUCAUUUCUCUUCCAGUACCAAGAGUUGAUGUACCACAAGUAAUAUAUUCGAGAUGGAUUUCUUUGAUAUCAGUUAUGCCAAUUCCUGUCUUGUUUGUAAGAGGAAAUGGAACCCAUUGCUUAAGUUGGCAAGUGUAA